AUGAAUAGUGAUAAUGAAGAAAUUUAUGUACAUCAUUAUGAUAAUAUAAAAUGUCUUUCGAAUGAAGCAACUCUAGAACGGGCUAUUAAUUAUCUAGGAAAACGUGACUAUUCCUUAGUCGGUAAUAACUCUGAACAUUGGGCAAGAUGGUGUCGAUCGGAUGAUUCCUAUUCCGAACAAGCUAUUAAACUUCAUAAUUUAGUUAAAGACAAAGCGGCUACACUUUUAAUUAUCGAUCCCUGUGCUUUACUUGUUAAAGAUGUAGCCAUUGUUGAUACUCAAAGUCUUGGACCAUUUCUAGGUGCCAUAGGAUCAGGUGCCAUUUUUACCGCGGUCGCGAGCAUUUCAACAUUUAUUGAUAUAAAAAAAGAACGAAAUAAACGGCGAAAAGGAGACUUGAGCGAUAUUGCUUUCAAGAAAUAUGUCGUACGACGCAUUGCAUCAACAUCCGGCACUGCCAUUGGAAGAACAACAGGUACCAUUGUUGGUACUAUUCUUAUUCCUGUGCCCAUUCUAGGCUCUGUUGUCGGUGGUGUUAUCGGUGUUGUGAGUGGGAAAAUGAUUGGUAGUCUAUCGGGUAUUGCCAUAUCGAAAGUUCUUGAAGUACACGAGAAAAAGAAACAAGAAAAGAUAGAUCAAAUGAAAACUGUUUUACAACUCUUGGCUGAAUUAUCGCCAGAAAGUCAAUUUUUCCGAGGCUUGAGGGCAUUUGUACUCGAUUCUGAACAAGCAGCACGAGCAGAGACAACUUCUGACUCAUCAGUACUUUAUUCAUUUUUUGAACAACUGGGGCGUGUAUAUUCGAGUUUGACAAAAGACGAAUGUCAAAUGGAAACUCAACAGAUGCAGACGAUAUUUUUAGAUUCAAACACUUUCGAAUAUUUUGUGCUUACACCAGUACCUGACGAAAAUUCACCUGAAGAGUUCGCAUCGACUGUUGAUUUACUUUUACUUCGAUGGCCAAUUCGACAACCACAACCAUGGAAGAUCGAUGAAGAACACGUACUUGAUAUAAGUGACUUAAAUAGAACAAAUGCAUGA